AUGUUCGCAAACACAAGCAAAUCAGCACCCCCCUCACCUCCACCUGUCUCCAUCCCAGCACACGACGUUGCACCACCACAGCUAGCUCCUCCUGCUGCUUCUCGGGCCACUGAUGCUACCCCUCCUCCUUCUCUCCCUCCUCCUUCGGCCCCGUCUACUGCUGUGGGUUCUGCUGCCAACUCACCAUUCUCCCUCUGCCCUCCCUCCACCCCACCUUGCCUCACCCCUUGGCUCUCCCCUUCUUGUAGGUGA